AUGAGUAACAUCGUGGUAUUUGGUGGUGAUUCUAAUCCUGAGUUGGUUGCUAAGAUCUGUGAAAGUCUAGAUGUCAAGGCCUCAGAGGUUCAUUUAGGUAAAUUUUCAAAUGGUGAGACUAGUAUUAGUAUCAAUGAAUCUGUUCGUGAAAAGGAUGUCUAUGUUAUUCAAAGUGGAUGCGGUCAAGUCAAUGAUGCAUUCAUGCAAUUGUUAAUCCUAAUUAGUGCUUGUAAGAGUUCAUCUGCAUCUCGUGUCACUGCAGUGAUGCCAUAUUUUUGUUAUUCAAGACAGCCUGAUAUUCCUUAUACAGCCAAAGGUGCACCAGUAAUUCAUAGACCGCAAAAGGAAGGUGAAGCAAAAUUGACCACUAGAAGACCAGGUGCAGAUUCAUCUUUUAAAAGUUUGAAUAGUGUUAUUAGAUCUACGAUUAAUUUAGAAAAUCCACAACCUGUUCGUGCACCUGAAUUAACAACAUCCAAAUCAUUUUCAAGAAUUCCAAUGAUUCCAGGUUCGAAAUUACAAAAUAGUCAUACGAACGGUGAUGCUGAAGAUUUAUUUAAUGCACAAAAUGCAGGUUAUAAACUUUGGGUAGUUCAAGCUGGUACAUUAAUUGCUAAUUUAUUAACUGAAGCAGGUGCAGAUCAUGUUAUUACAAUGGAUCUUCAUGAUCGUCAAUAUCCUGGAUUUUUUGAUAUACCUGUUGAUAAUUUAUAUUGUAAACCAUUAGCACAAAACUAUAUUCAACAUAAUAUACCAAAUUAUGAAGAUGCUGUAAUUGUAUCACCUGAUGCGGGUGGUGCAAAACGUGCAACAGCUAUUGCAGAUGCAUUGGAAUUAUCUUUUGCUUUAAUUCAUAAAGAACGUAGAUCACAAUUAUUAAAGGGUCCACCGGAUGCUACAUUAACUAGUGGUGGUACAUUACCUGUAUCAAAUAGACCAUUGGUAUCACAACCUGGUUCAAAUUUAAGACGUAGUUCCAGUAGUUCAUCAAUUAGUUCAAUAACUAGUUCGGAAUCUUCAAAAUUUGUUCAAACUACAAUGUUGGUGGGUGAUGUUCGUAAUAAAGUGUGUAUAGUUGUUGAUGAUUUAGUUGACACCUCCUAUACAAUUACAAGAGCUGCAAGAUUAUUAAAAGAACAAGGUGCAACAAAAGUGUAUGCAUUAAUUACACAUGGUUUGUUCAGUGGAGAUGCAUUAGAACGUAUUGCAGCAUCAGAAAUUGAUCAAUUAGUUGUAGCUAACACCGUACCACAACAACAAACUGUUGAAUAUUUAGGUAAUGAUCGUGUUGACAUUAUUGAUGUAUCUCGCGUAUUUGGAGAAGCUAUUCGUCGUAUUCAUAAUGGUGAAUCUAUCUCUAUGUUAUUUGAACAUGGUUACUGA